GACAAAUGGCUAAUGUCUAGUUUCACUUUGAGCAAGAAAGUUUCCCAUGGAUAUUCAUCACAAUGGAAAUGGAAAAAUUCUUCACAUCAUUCAGAAUGAAGAACACAAGCAAAAUUCAAAGUUUACACUUCAUGAAAAAUCAUAUGACUGUGGCAAAUGUUCUUUUACGAAUAGUCGAGUAGUGGAAUUUUCUUGCCCUAAUUCGUGUGGUAUUUCCUUCACAUCAUGUUUAGAAAUAUUGACAGACACUGUAAUACCUCUGUUACUGAUUGAAAAGUCAAGUGGUAAAGCCUUCGACUAUUAUUUUCUUGGAUAUUCAUUCACCAACUCCAAAUUUAUUCCUCUUAGAAAACUACAGCUGAGACAAAAAAUCUGUGAUUUCCAAACAGUAGAUGGACCUACAGUGAUCUGGAAUUCCCAAGGCUCAUUAAACAUUGGCAUACAGUCAAAGCAAAGCCCAAGUUGUUUAUUAAAACAUGACAUUGAACCAGAUUUAGGGGAAUCACAUUUAUUGUGGGUAAAAUAUUACAUAGAACACUAUUUGAUUAUUGGGACACACACAAAGAAAUCUUACAGCUCAAAACAAUUAUUUGGUCUUAUUUUCUCUCCAUCUCAGUCCAACAGUUCCUUGCCUAAGACAACAAAAAUUGAAAUUUCACAGGUUCUCCCAUCUUUAUACACAAACAUUUGCAAAGUUCUUAUUCAAAACUCUGUGAUAAGUUACUUAGAAGAUAAAUUUAGCGUCCAAUGUACGUCAUAUGCUGUGACUGAUGAUGGAUAUAUCUUGAAAUUCACUAAUGGAAGACUCUUGUUUGCAGUACCAACUCGUGUUCAGUGUACUUUUGACCUUACGCUUGACUUACUUGAAUGUGUUCCUCUGAAGAGAUGCUACUUGAGUGUUUUCACAAAUGAAACUUUAAAGAUCAUCUGUAUUGAUGAUGAAAAGAUCACUCAUACAUGGUCUGAUGUUAAGCAGGUCCUGUUUGAUGGUUUUGUUGAUAAUGGAGGACAACAGUUGCUGAUAUUAAAGAAGGAGUUUGAUGGUGAAAAAGGAUUUAUUUUGACUGAUUUAAAUAUAGUUCAUGAAGAUACCACUGCAGAACCUUUAGAAGAAGGAAAGAAAACAGAACAGAAAAAGACCAGCACUUCAGCAGCAUUAUUUGCAUUACAGUCAAGACUAAGGAAUGAAGUGGUAUCAUUGAAUGAGCUGCAGUCAGAGAUUGACGAAAGAAGAACCCACAUCACAGAGUUGUGGAAGAGUACAGAAUUAUUGAACCAGGGAAAAACUUCUGGUUCUACAAAUACUUCAAUGUUGAUCAGUUUAAUUGGAACUGAGAAUUGUUCUGAAAUUUUCACACAACCAAAGAAGGAAGAAUUCUCAGCAAUUAUUAAAGUACCUGCUGUAUGGAAGAGAAUAGUGCAGAAAACUUUAGUUAUAGGUGCUGAAGUUGUCAACUCAUCAAAAAGUGAUUUUGCCUAUGUUACCAUGACUAUGGUGCAACCUGAUUGUUAUGAUAGUCAAGGACUGACCUUCACCUCAGAAUGUUAUGACCUUUGGAAGACAUCAAGAUAUUAUUCAUGUCAUGAUGUAUCUAAAAGAAGAAGAGUUUCAUCUGCAUCCCUUUCCAAUUUCAAUGGCACAGAAUGUUUCAAGGUUAAAUCAGGCCAGUCAGUCACUAUUCUGUGUAUAACCAGUAUACCAAGUUUUAGAUUAAAGAGUGAUAUUAUGUAUGAAAUGUUUAUCAAUAUGACUAACAGUGAUAGUCAUGGUGAACAAAGGAAUAAUAAAGUUGUUUAUGCAGGGGAGGUAACUCUAUCAUCCUUAGACAUGUUGCAAGGAAAAUAUACAGUUUCAGCAAAGCAAAACUUUUAUCAGGAUAAUUCUGAAACAGAAUCCUUUACAGAGAUCCAGAGAGAUAUACUUUCCUUGAAUUCUGUCCAAGUUUGUACACCUCUUAGUGUAAGAUCAACAAGAUUUCCCUUGUCUCAGCUCCAAUCAAGACUUCAGAAGAAGGCUGGUUUAGUCUCACUGGAAAAAUAUGAAUGUAUGGUAUUUGAUAAUAUUCAGCCAUUGGAAGAUGUACGAUUAUUUAUAGAUGAUGUUUGUGAUGAGAAGGAGCUAAAGUUAACUGUAUAUACCAGCUGUGAAGAUCAACUGUACUUGGUACUACAUCAUUUAUAUUCAUUGCUUCCUGAUGAUGUUUUAAUUAUACCAACCAGUCAGCUUCAACAUGACAUCACCCAAUUACUGAACAGCUUACAAGAGGAAAUAAAUGAAACAUGUUCAGAAAUCAGUAAAGUUUAUCAAUUCAGCCAACAAACUGAGGAUAUAGAGAUGACUGAAGAACACGAUAGUAAAGGAAAACUUCUUUUUGAAAAUGUUCGCCAAAAUUUUGCAAAGAGAAAACUUUUAGCUCAGAGCAAGUCUAAGCUAGCUUUAAGUGGGGAUGAAUUCAGAAGAAUAUGUGAAAAGAUUGAGAAAAAUCAAAGAAAAUCUGAUAUUAAUUUAAUCAAAUUAGCAACAAAAUGAUAAUAAAAUAUUUAAUAAAUUUUUAUAACAUUGA